AUGGUUGUACAGCUCUGUGAAUAUACUGAAGUCAUUAAGUUGUACACUUUAAUUGGUGGAUUCCCAGUAAAUUGUGCUAGGCUGCCUGAUGAUGUGUGGCUUGUGCUUUGGAUCGUAGUGCUUACCUAUGCUACUUAAGUUACAUACCCUGUGGCCUUUGUGGCCAGGACUGUGGGCUACUAGCUGGAGUGAUUCGUUAGGGGAAAGGACCCACAGCCUGUGCAGGAGGAAAAAAGCAUCUCAGAGUACAGGGUGGAUGAGCUGGAUGAGCUGGAUGAGCUGCUGGGCAAGAGCCACCACACCCAGGUGGUGAAUCUUAAGGAUAAGGUGGAAUUUGCCCUAGCUGUCCUGGACAGAAACUGCCCAGAGAAGAAUGAAUGGAGGACAUAG